AUGAAAUUGCCAAGAGGAAGCAUUUGGAUUUUGAUUUUGUUCGUUGUAAUAUGUCAACAGAGAACUUCAGCGAAACCAUUAUUUAUUGAUGAAAAAAUUCAAUUGUGCUCCAAUGCCCUCAGUAAUGCAUUGUCAUUAAUUUGUGGUGAUACGGGAUAUAAUUCAUUUUAUUAUCCAAUUGGACGAGCAAUACGCAAAGGUGAAAUCGAUGCCAAUUCCUUGGACCGUGGAUCAAAUCCAAGAAGACAGGGAAUUGUUGAUGAAUGCUGUAGACAAUCGUGUUACUUAUCACAAAUGCGAGAAUACUGUAGAGAUGAUUAG